UUAUAACUGUGUCCCUUAGAAAAGAAAGCAUCAAUUACACUUUUGAAAAACACCUUUUGCCCUGAGCUGGAGGAAAAAAUUGCUGACAAAAUAGCGAGAAUUUGUGGUGGUAUUCCGCUCGCCCUCAUUUCCUUGGCUUCUUGGCGAGACCAUCCACCCGAUCUUGUGCAAAUGAUGACCAACGCAAACGUAAAGAGUCGGUACAAGAAAUUAACGGAAAUUCCAACAACGGACUCGAGUAAGAAAAUAGGCGUGUGUUUGGACGCUUGCUUUCUCAAUCUUGACCAGAGUCUUCGAGACACCCUCAUUCGUCUCGCGCUGUUCAGAGGACAUUUCACCUUGAUAACAGCUAAAACAGUUUUCCCUUCAGAUGAGGUAGAAGGUCACGUUUUAGAAUUGGCUCGUCGAUCUCUUUUAGAAAAGAACAUAUUAGGCCCUAAAGAACUGUGCCAUUACAGCCUCCUCACAGUCCAAAAACUCUACUGCCAAAAUAAGGCCCUAGAAGGACGUGCACAGCAAAUCUACGACGAUGGCCGUAGACGUUUUAUCGACCAUUUUCUUUCUUUUCUUGAAGAUACUUACAAGAGGUUCCUGUGCAAAAACGCUUCCAAAGCUUGCACUGAGUUUCGUCCGCACAUGGACAAUAUCAUGCAACUUCUUGACUGGUUCAAGAGUGACACCAUGGACGAAGAACAAAGACUAAGGUGUAUUGAUGUUUUCAACAAAGCGGCCAAGCUACUUGCCAAGAUAAUGGGAGGGAAGCGAUUCAAUGUGGUUUUUAAUAUGCUGAAAGACAAGUGCCAACAGUUGCAAGAUAAAGAACGAUUGAGUGAUUGUCUCACUUCACUGGGGAUAAAAGAGGCAUCCAGCUCUUUCUUUUCCCCUCAUCUGGCUCUUGAAGCUGGUAAGAGAGUUAAACAUGACUCUAAGGAAGCUGAUAAAAUCCAGAGCGACCUUGAAAUAAAUACUGGUAACAGUAGCGCCCAAUGCCUUUCCAAAUAUGGCCUUUGUGUCUCCACCGAUGGCAAAUUUGGCGAGGGAAAGGAGAUGAUUCAAAAAGCAAUCGAUAUUCGGGAGAGGCAUGGCGAAGAGGAGAGGGUCAUGUUGGGUGCAACUUUCAAUGACUUUGCAGGUAAGCUUAAUGGUUUAAAUUCUUACACACUACCGAAUUUCAGAAACUUGCAGUAUGAAUCUUUACAAAUGAUAGAGAAUGGGCUUUUGUGGUACUUGUAUGCCACUCGUCUCGGAAAGAGGGAGUUUCUUUUCGUGACAGAAAAGAUCAUUCAUGAUAUUAGACAAGUGUUAACUCGCAUGGGCAUCUUUUGCGAUCAAGCGCUGUUGUGAAGAGCCAAAAUAUUGUAUUACUAGCUUCCUCUAACGAGUUUCAUCUUAACUGUCGAUAGUGAGCUUUGGUUAUGUGACCGCCUAGUUUAACAAUAUAACAGAGGAGUUCAGGGCCAUAAGUGUACAUUUGAGCACUUGUUAUCGUGAAAGCUAAUUGGCUAGACACAAUAAAAGAACGAGACCAAAUCUAGCCAUCUUGUCCUCACAGGCAUGGUCAAUAAACAAUUUAUUAUAAAGAUAAAAUGAGAAUUUAAUCUCACGGGAACAAAGUGGGAAACGUUACCUCUAUGUUGGCCAAUCACAGCACAAGAUCCUUGCCUUGAAUUUCCGGGCGGUCAGCGCCAGCGCCAUAGCCGUUCAAAGUGCAAAAAUCGCUAAUAUUGACCGCACUCUAGAAAACGAACACCUAGCUCAAAAAGCCUGAUUUUCUUUUUAACAUACAGGUACACCACUGUAGAUUUCCUAGCCGUAUCACAGUUCCAAUGAUUUUUACCCCAGCACGUGUUUUCGGCUUUCCAUCAAAACACGAAAGUAGCUCAACUUUGGGGGUGAUUUUAAAAAGUGUGGUACCUGUCUUAACUUCGCUAUCUGUAUGAAUACAAUCUAGAAAUGAUAGUAAAACACAAAAAGGAAUAACAUUUUUGUGCUCUCCACGUUUUCAGAAUAGACCGCAGAUUGAAUUUCCAGAAAUUUCGUAAACCUGAUAAUUAACGAACACUCGCCUUGUCGAUCUGCUUGUUAAAGUCCAACUUCAUUUGAUGGCUUGAUGGGUCUUAUCCAAGUUCUUUCACAUUUUAAGGUUAUUUCUCGAUCAUCUGAAACUAUAUUGGCCCUUAACUUGCAGGGAAAAGUGGGGAACAAGGCCAUGAUGCUGUGGACGCUCAAAGCGAGCUGACCGAAAACCAAAGAAAGAAGCUGUCAGUUAAAGUCACAGAGAUACCUUAUCCUGUGUAUGGAGAAGUCUGUACGAAGUUGAGCAUCAAAAAUCUAACAUUUAACGAUUUCAGGGGACUUGCUGAGAAAGUUGGAUUUAAAAAGCAUGUUAUAGAUGCCAUCGAUCAGAGAUGCGAAAAUCCCACCGAUGAUAUUUUAAAGGAGUGGUCGAAAAAGAGGUGCAAAGAGGCAACGGUUGGAAAACUGAUUGAAUUGUUGAAGGAGAUAGAGAGAAUGGAUGCAGUAAAAGACCUUGAAGAAUGGGUGAAUGUGAAAUCAUCAUAGGUGUGUAGACUUGACUCUUCUUGUACAGAAAAUCCAUACAUCAGAAAUGUUGUCCAAAUCGCUUUUAACUUGAAUGUUUUUACUCUAUAGAUUAGGAUCCGGUAAUGUUAAAUUAAAUUAGUAAUGUCAGGUAGAAAAAACCGAGUGCAUAGAAGCCCCUCAAUCAUUGUUUUGGCAUAUGUUUUGCGCUCUUAGUAAGUAUAUAAGCUUCAUGCCAUUUUUCGGAGUAGAUGGAUAACAUGGAAAUUACAUGAUUUCGGUCUUCUUCUCUUCGAAAAGCACUUUUUUCUGUCGACGUCGUUAAGUGUUCUAUAUACAUAAGGGCACCAGCACUUCUUAAAACCACUCUGAUAACGCCUAUCCAUUUAAAAACUUCUUCUGACAUAUAUUUAGUAAAAGCCCACAUAUAAGAACCUGUGAUUUUUCCGAGGCAGGCUGAAAUAGUUCUUGUGAAGAAUUAGGUUGAACAAGUUGUUAAAGAAGUUCUUACAGUUUAUUUUUCGUACUCAGUGAUGUGUGAUACAGUACUCUGUACACACUGUAAUUAAGAACCUCCACGGAGGACGAGACUACAUUUAUUGAGUUGUCGACAACUAUUUGUUUUCGGCAACUAGAUGUUAUUGUCACCUAAUUCUCUACGGUGGCUAUUUUUAUAGCAAUAUAGGAAUGCUUCAGGGGCACCCAAAGACAAUAUAGUUCAAAACCACUUAAACAUAGCAUUGUUGAACAUAUUUUAGUAUUUAAACGGUAGAUAUAGGCAUAUUUCUAUCCCCUAAAAAUUUUUCAUCUGUUCGGAGUUAUAAUUAUGUGUAUUAGAUAUUUUUAUUUUGUUCUUCGACGUUUUUUUCAUAAACAGCUCCACCAAAUAUAAAGGGCUGACUUCAAAAGUCAAACAAUUUAAUUUUAGUGCUGCAGCGCUUUUAACGGUUGAAUAAGAUUUUGAGUUACCGUUAAUUCUGCCUGGCAGAGAGAGUUGAAUUUACAGCGUGUUAUAGACUUAGACUUUUUUAUAUAAUCUAUUGUAUGCGAUGUAAACGUACGGAUUAGUAUUGGUGUUUAUGGCUCUCAAAUACCAAAGGCUCAGUGACUUGGAUUGUUGAUGUUUCUGACCGUUGCCAGAAGAAUGAAAGUAUCAGGAACAGAGUAGAGUAGGCUCGAUUUCCGUCGAUCUCUCGGGCUUCCCCGGGGAAAGAGCGCGGGCUCAUUUCCCAAACAGCGACUGGUAUUCGAGCCAAAGAGUAGAGCCGAAAAAGGGAAAAUCUCAGAGAAAAUUUGUUAGAAGCAGAGAGGUAGAUAUGCAGGUGGAAAGUUGAUGGUAGGCUACCAACUUUACAUGUAAUAAACUUUAACGCUUAACGUAAUAUCGUAGCCCAACACAAAUCUUAUAAACUUAACCGCUAAAUGUUAUACAUAAACCAACUUAAAAUUAAUGUGAUUAGGCUCAGCUCCAAAUGUAAUGCCAGUAAACUAGUCAAAUAAUACUAUUUUUGAAUAGUUUCCAUAAGUCGCCUUUCUUUCCAAUUUUUAGCUAAAUUACGAACAUUUCCUUUUUCUCGUUGUACCUCAUCCUGCUCAAGGGGGUCUUUUGUAUAUUUUUUUAAAUAAAGGAAACCGACUUGCAACUAUCACGAAUCACACUACUCUUGAUUUACCUUCGCCCCCCCCCCCACGUUUUCCCAUUAGUCGUCGUUUAGUGUUUUUCAUACCUAAACAAAAAUAAGUAGCUUCACGCCAGUUUCAUUUAUAAGAAUUAUUCGGGACAGUUUUAAUUUUCUCCUUUCCUAAUAAGGGAAAUUUUCAACUCGAGUCCGCGUUUGCUGUAAUUGUGAUUUUAAGUCUCUCCCUCUAUUGUUUUAUCAGUCUGUCCGUGACAGUUAAAAUAAGUAUGAGAGACCUAAAGGUUAUAGAAAUUUUGUUUUAUUGUAUGUAGUAGCCUUCAAAUAUGAAACACGUAUUUAGCGAUUACUAAUACUUUAGGAAUAGAGAGAAUAGUUGUGUGUUUGCGGGUAAUUCUGGAGACUUUGUGUGUAUACUUUGCGUUAUGCGUGCGUAAAUUAAAAUAUUUUUUCAGUUAAUGAAAUGUGCACAUGAAAUAUUUUUGUUUUUGUUUCUCAUUGACUUCUGAGAAGUCUAAAAUUUUAGUCAUUUUAUGCAUGAGUUAACGUCUUAUAUGACGUGGCAGUGUCACUUGAAGUUAGUAUUAAUAAUUAGGUACUUUUUAGCCAUUUUAUAUAUAGGAUGUAAUCGUAUGUUUUUAUUCAUGUAUUGCAAUAAUCAUUGUCUGGUAAAUCUCAAGAGCAAAGGCUUUUUGAACUUAUUGUUCCUACUUCCGACUAUUACCAGAGCAACAAAAAAAGAGGGAAAAAGUUGUCCCAGAAAAUGUCAUAUUUUGCAGUCGGAAUGGAAACAGGAAAACUGCUAAUAGGCUAUAGAGCACAGCAAAUUACAUGUAAUAUAGGAUAUGAGUCAGUGACUGAUUCUCUCUCGGAACCGUUGAAAUAAGUAUUGUUAGACUUGAAGAUUAUAGACAAUUUCAUUGCUUAUUAGCAAUAGUAAAGGCUAAUUUUAAAAAGGAACUGACUUUUUGUUAGUUUAAUAGGAAAGUAAAUAAGCAAAUACAAAACAUCAUGGGCUUUAUUGAGUACAUUUAAUUAGAUAUCUAGCUUCCUUUUCAUCUUCAGUUGUAACUGUUGAUACGAAUCGUUCUUGUAGUAAGAAUUCGUUAAUUUCUGCGAGCUUGUAGUAGUAUUUAGUUUUGUGUGCCAGGUCUAAUGUCACUGGAGGCGAAGAGGAGUUUAAUUUGCUGCACGUAUUUGACGUAGCGCGACCCACAAAGAUAUGGCUGGACAGGACAAAUCGUUUUUGUUGGCUGCCAGCAAUGACACAGCGGACGUUUAAGAACAAUUUAAGGCUAGUCUGCAGAAUUAAAAGAAAAGGUAGAAGUGAAUUGGUCCCAAUGGCAGUGCUUCUUUCACUCAGUCGUGAAGGACUCGUCUGUUCCGUGACUCGAGCUCUCAAGCGGGACAAAAUGUAUUUAGCUCAAAAAGCGCACCAAAAGGAUGAAGGAGGCUCCGGGUGAGUGGAAAAACGAGAAAUAAGAUCGUUGUCUUCCCGUCUUACUAUUAAUUUUCUUGCGACAAUUCCAUACGUUUUACAGGUAUAAAACGCCCCGAUAGCAGGAUGGAAAGACUUUUUCCAAGAAACAUUGAUUUUAGCCUAGUGGGUAGUACCUAAGAUCUCGGGACCAAGCUGCUUCGUUCGG